AUGUCAACGCCGGGUGCUUACAAAGCCGGGGCGAACCCUCAACCCCGUGGCAAAGUUGGAAAAGUGGGAAAAGCAGCUCCUGCACCUCCAGUCAGAGGAAAAGCUGCAACAGAUACAAAGCAUACCCCUAAAGAUGCUAAAGAAAUGUUUUUAAAGCGAGUUCAGCUGUGCAGCAUAACUUAUGAUUAUUCUGAUGACAAUAAAGAUGUUAAAGCCAAAGCAGAGAGAAAUGCAGCUUUGCAAGACUUAAGAGAAUUUUUAAAUGACUCAAAAAAUGUUGCUCAAUAUGUAAUCCCUCAUUUGGAUCUUGUAAUUGACAUGAUCAAGAAAAAUAUUUUCAGACCACUCCCUAUGGACAAAAAAGGCGGAGAUAAACUAGGCCCAGGUGAAGCUGGCGCUGAAGGUGGCGACGAAGAUAUAGUGAUUGAUCCAGCAUGACCACACUUACAAGGAGUUUACGAAUUCUUUUUUGAACUGAUCAUUUGUGAGGCAACUGAUGUGAAAAGCCUAAAAGUCUUUAUUACCCCCAGCUUUAUUCAAGAUUUUCUGCAGCUUUUUGAUAGUGAAGAGCCUAGAGAAAGAGAUUAUUUAAAAAAUAUUUUACAUAGGCUCUACGCAAAGUUAGUACCACGCAGGAAAAUGAUAAGAAAAGCUAUAAAUGACUCAUUUUUAACUAUGAUACAUGAAACUCAAAGAUUCAAUGGAGCCAGCGAACUUUUGGAUAUUUUAGCAUCAAUUAUCAGCGGUUUUGCAGUCCCUCUGAGAGAAGAGCAUGUAGUUUUCUUUAAAGUGAUCAUGAUUCCUCUGCAUAAAGUCCAGACUUCCCAUAUUUUCCAUGAGCAGCUUCUCAGAUGUUCGAUGCUUUUCUUAAGCAAGGAUCAUGCUUUAGCAAUCCCACUAGUAGAAGGGCUAUUAAGAUAUUGGCCAUUUGGGAACUCUGUUAAAGAAACUUUAUAUUUGACUGAGCUUCAAGAAGUUUUAGAAGUAUGUGAGUUGGCAAAGCUUGAACCGCUUAUUCCGAAACUGUUUAAAAGGCUUGUUAGGUGUAUUUCAGGACCUCAGCUUCAAGUUGCAGAUCGUGCUAUGUGUUUCUUUGAAAAUGAUUAUUUCUUAGUCCUCUUAUUAAAUGAUGCUUUAUAAAGGCAAGGGAAAUUAUUUAUUAUUAUUCAUUUUUUUUAUCUAAUGGGAGAAUUAGGUAUUUUACGUACCUUUAAACAAGUCACUUUUCCUAUGGUUGUUCCAGUCAUUGUAGAACUAGCAGAAACUCACUGGCAUAAAAUUUUGCAAGAAUCGUUAAAUGCAUUAAAAGUAAUUUUGAAAGAAAUAGACCCUGUAGCGUUCGAUAGAGCUCUUCAAACUGGAUCAAGAGACUUGGCAAGAUCAAACUCUUUAAGUACCAUGCAUAAUUUGCCUGCAAGAGCUACUGUUGAAGCAAAAUGGGAUGCAUUGGCUGCAAGGGCUAAAGCCAUCGAUCCAAAAUUCAAAUCACCCCUAGUUCCUUAUAUAGAUUCUCAUGUAGUUGGGCUGAAUAAUAUGAAUGGGAUAGCACUUUCAAGCCAAAAUUUAAUUCCACCAGCUUAG